AUGAAAGAUAAUGUUUUUAACCAAGCCAGUUGUGAAGCAUUUUUUGAAUUAAUGAAUUUUUUCGGUCAAAAUUCUUCUUGGUUAGACCAUGCUGACGUUAAAACUAAUGUUUUGAAAAACUUUGCUGAUGACAACACCCUUACUUUUAUCCCCGCCCAAGACAAACCUUUUACCGAAGGCAAAUUACAUAGUUGGGGAGUAGAGGGAUACACAGAUAAGAAGUUUGCCGAUAGCAAUAAAGUUACUGGUUUUUAUGGUGAUGUCGGUAAAUAUGCUAAACUAAAAGAUAGUUUUGACACCGACCCUUAUUCUACUUUCUUUGCUAGAUAUCGAACCGUAGAUGAAUAUGGUAGCUUUACUGAUGGAACCAACCAUUAUACCUUACAUGAUUUUCCUAAAUUUUUCCAUCGCAAACAAAAGGAAUUAAAAAGAUUACAAGGAUUACGCGAUGCGGAAUUAAAAAGAUUUGAUACUGGUGGCGAGGAAUUAAGAACAGCUCAAGAUGAAUUAGAUAAGGCAAAAAAAGCCGUUAAAGAUAAAGAGACUGAAAUCGAUAACAAGAUUGCUGGGAAAGUAGCUGAAUUAAGAAAAGAAUUAGAAACUAAAUACAAGGUUUCAGAUACUAAGUCUAAUAAUUUCACUGGAGAUGAUAAAGUGACCUAUGAAGAACUUUCUAAUUUCCGACGACUAGUUGAACAAAUUCGUUUUCUAGUGAACCGCGAUGAAGAAAAACCCACCGGUAAAACUAAUGAGGAUAGUUCUUAUGUUGCUGGUAAGGCUAUUAUAGACAAAUAUGUUCAUGACUUUUUUCAUGAUUUAAAUUCUUUUGAAAAAGUUGGUUAUGACAAAAAAGGCGGUCAACAAAAAGUUGACAGUUAUGAACUAAAAGACAGUGAUAAAGCCAAGUUUGAUGAGUUCCUUUAUGAGUGUGCCAUUGGCAAGAUUAAUUAUAAUUCCUUAGAAAAACCAACCGAGGAACAACAUGAGGAUGAAGACCCUAAUAAAGAUAAGAACGAAAAAUGGUUAAGAAUGAAUAACUGA